AUGGCAAGCAGUGGCUAUGCAGCACAGGACGAAGAGCCGGUUGUGGGGCAGAAGGUCUCGGUGGUAGGCUACACGGCCACCGUGCGGUUCGUGGGCGAGACCCACUUCGCCCCGGGUGAGUGGGUCGGUGUUGAACUUGAGCCUGCUGUGGGCAAGAACGAUGGAACCGUGCAGGACCGAAGGUAUUUCACCUGCGAGCCCAAUCACGGCCUCUUCGUGCGGAGGAGCGUCGUGCAGCGGAUACCUGGCGGAGAUCCACCAAGCCCUAGCAAAGCGAGAGUUCUCUUUGCAGGUGCUGGCCCGGAGAUUUGCGAGGCACCCGUCGGCGAUGCUGAAGGUGACUCCCAGAGUGAGGAUGAUGUAGACGAGGUGGCCAUGGUGCCCACGCAAAGCAUGCGCCGGAAGGGUGUGUCGGCAGAAGCUGGAGGUGAAGAGGACGACUGGGUGCCAACAGUUCACGAGAAAAGCCUCACAGAGAAGCGGCAGCUGAAAGAAGUUAUUGACAACUCACAUGACAGCAAGCUGCGGAUGAUGUUUGGGAACCUUUCUCCAAAAGGUCUCGAGCGUGUCGUCGAGGCCAUGUUCAAGAAGUCGGUGGGACAGGGGGAGACCAUCAUCAGGUUCGGUGAUGUCGGAGACAACUUCUACAUCGUCAAACUUGGCAAGUUCGACAUUUUUGCACACCGCCGCCUUCAGCAGGCUGAAGCCGAGACGGAAAGUUCCGCAGAAUUCGUCAAAGUGUUUGAAGCAGGGCCCGGCUUUGCGUUCGGGGAGGCUGCCUUGCUCUACAAUGCUCCACGGUCUGCGACCAUCAGAGCCAGCGAGGACUCUGAGGUUUGGUGCCUCGAGCGAAGAGCCUUCCGGGAACUCGUCAUCAGGGCUUCGGAGCAGAAGUUCAAGGAGUAUUCGGAAUUCUUGAGGCGAUGCGACGUUUUCCAAGAGUUGGAUGCGGAACAAAUCGCCACCUUGGCUGAGGUGGUGGAUGAGGAGGAUUUCUCUGCAGACGAGGUCAUAAUUCAGCAGGGAGGUCGCGACAGCAACAUGUUCAUCACCUUGAAGGGCCAAGCUGUUGCCUGCAUCUCUGGCGACAAGGGCGAGGUUCAGGUGAAGACCUACAACACAGGGGACUUCUUCGGAGAGAUCGCGCUGCUGCUGGGAGAGCCAAGAAAGGCGAGUGUCUACGCCAAAGGACAUGUGACCUGCCUUGUAACCACAAAGCAAGUGUUCGAUAGAGUGCUGGGUCCUCUCAGAGACUUCUUGAAGAAGAAUCUGACAAAGUAUGCCCAGUACCAGGACGCGAUUGAGCAAGGCGGCGAAAUGCGGGACACGCAGCCGAGCGACGAACCCCGAGCAGAGAUGGACCGGGCUUUGGUGCUUGAAGCACGGCGCAACAAUUCAGAGGAAGGGGAGGUCCGCCCUGCGCGAAGACGUCUUCUCAGGAAGGCAGAUCGUGCAAACACGGUGUACAACGUCAAAAUCAAGUUGCCCGUGGACCUCGAUAUCGACGAAGAUGAGGAGCCAACUUCGACUGAGGCCGAUGCCAAAGCUGAGCUCCCGGGCGAGUCCAAGCCAGAGGCAAGCACAGCUCCGGCUCCUGCUCGAGGAGAAGGCAAGAAGCAGACGCUUGCUGAACGUCUUGAAGAGGACUGGAAGAAGCCUCAGCUUGUUUCCCCAACAGAAGUCUUCAAAGUGGCGAACAGCAAGUUCACGGCAUUCGGUGGAUUGCGCAGGGGCGAGAAAUUCACGAUGGACAAAGCCGUCAUCGUCAGAAGUCAGGCUCAAGCGCAGAGAGACGGCGAAGAGGACAUCUACCGGUGGUCAGGGCCGAGCUGGCUGAAGGAUUGGCACGCUCGGGUACAUGGACCUGAUCAAGACUGGGAACAGGUUUUGGGAACAGGUUUGGACUUGUAUCUGGUGUGGGACUUCUUCUCUGACGUUGUUGCAGCAAGGGCAGCCGCCAAGCGAAGGGCGCUGAUAGAGAAAAUGCAUGUGGAUCCACGGGACUGGUACGAGGCAGACCUCCAACCCUACGACGGCAGCGAUCCAGAGAAACCGCUAUUAGUUGGCAUCGACGGCGAAGUUUUCAAUGUGUGGAGGGGCUGGAACUUCUAUGGGCAUGGUGCUCCCUACAAUAGCUUCGCUGGAAGAGAUGCCACGCGGUUUUUAGCGAAGCAAAUCGUCUCCGAAGAGGAGGACGAUGGACAGCCUUUGACACGAGAGGAGCUGGAGAACAUGCAGAACUGGAAAGAAUACUUCCGAUUCAAGUACGACGCGGCCGGCAAGGCAUUCGAGCUUGCGCCGAUUGGCCGAUGUCGAGCAGUGUACUUUUGCAAAUGCUGGUGCAACGAUAGACGUGACCGCUGCCAGGGGCAGAUCCACACCGCGGUGCUUUGUCAAAAGGGCCAGAAGUCGGCUGCGGAUCCAACACCGAAUCAGGACAACUAUUUUGCGCUGCAUGUCGGUAGCAUUGGGCUUUACGGCGUGUGCGAUGGGCAUGGCCCUUUCGGACACCUCGUUUCGUUUCGGUUGGUGCAGACGUUGCCGCACUAUAUUACCACCAGCAAGAACUGGGGCGAGGACUGGGAAGCCUGCCUAAAGGAGGCAUUUUUGGCAGCCCAGAAUGAUCUCCUCCAGCUCGCCGCUUCCGAAGGCAUCAAUGUUGAGGCUUCUGGGGCAGCUGGAACCGUGCUCGUGUUCGAGGGCCCGUGCAUUCAUGUAGCUCACAUCGGCGAUGCAGGAUGCCUCGUGGCAUCUUGGAGCCGGCACGACUCGCGGGUCUUGUAUGGCACAGAGGACCACAAGCCAAACAAUCCCGAAGAGCGGCAGCGGCUCGAGGGAGCUGGAAGUGAAGUUCGACAGGUGGACGUGGACAGCUUUCGGAUUUACAUCAAAGGAACUAAUUUUCCUGGCCUGACAAUGUCCCGCGCUUUUGGUGACACGGCGUGUGCUGGCGUGCUCCAGGAGCCGAACUACCAGCGCUUGUUCAUCCAGCCGUCGGAUGAGGUAUAUGCCGUGAUCGCCUCUGAUGGCAUCUGGGAGUUCAUUGACUACAGCAAGGUCGUUGAUCUCACAUCGAAGAAGCUACGUCUCAAGGGCCCAAGAGAGGCUGUCCGGUAUUUGGUUGAUGCCGGCCGGAAGCGUUGGGCUGCUUACUGUGGCGAUUAUUGUGAUGACAUCACGGCAAUGAUUGUGAAGUGGAAUGUCAAUGUCAAGGGCACCGACUCCAACGACAACCAUGAGUUCACGCUGAUACGGCCGGAGACAGACAUCAAAAUGGAUGGAGUUUAG